AUGAAACUUGUUGUUGAAGACUUCAAAGUUCACGGACGCCAGAUACCGUUGGUGGCAUUCAGGGUGCCAAGCAGCGAUUCAACGAAAAAUCUCGCCCCCCUGCCCCCUUUCACUUCCCUCGUCUUGGAAAAGUUGGGGAUUCAGGACCGGCACUCGAAAGGCUUGUCGAGGGAAGCCCUGCUCGCACUGCAGCCGCACCAACCAACCCGCUUGACCUGCUCGUCCCGUCGCUGGUGUGACAAGCCAUGCCGAGCAUUCGGCCACCCGCCGGGAAACUCUGUCAUCGCACGGCCGCUAGCGCUCGCCGACCUUGAGAAGACGACGCAUCCCGGGACCUCCCUGUCCAACGGCUUUCAAGCCUGCUUGCCUCUAAUCUUGACCGAAUAUCUCGAGUCCUCGUUGGUCAGAUGCGCACCAAGGCCGCCCACAAUUCAGACCGAGCUUCUCCCAUCGCCGCAAUGCAAGUCCAUCGCAGUGGCGAAGACCACAGCCACGCGUAUUGUGCGCGGUCGGGCGCGGGCACAAAUGCAGUCGCACAUGCCGCCCGAGGUCCACAGUGCCGAGGGUGACGAGAAUGGGCUCAGCGGACCGGUCACCGACGACCAGAGUCGGGGAGAGAAACCUACGUUGGCUUCAACGGCGCGGAUCGCGAUCCAUGCCAUGUCCUCUUCAGCCCAUGUUCUUCGCCCGUACUGCAUGUCACUUGGCAUCGACAGAAGCGCCGCCGCACUCAGUGACUAUCCGACGACGGCUUUGAAGUCAUCACCGGGUAAUCGCUGUUUGUCGGGCGGCGGCCAGCGUCUGCACCGUGACUCGAGUGGCCAAAGCCGCAGCCGCAGCAGCCGCAUCCCGGAGUGUGGCUGCUCUCUGGUCUACCGUGUGGCCCCCUUUGGCUUUUACACGCCCUAA